CAUACGCUCACCGUCUGUCCACAGUAUUCAUUGUUUUGCAGCUUCAGACUUUAUGCUCGCACGCUCCCAGCCAGCAGCCAGCCACACCACACUUGCAAAGUUUUUUCGCUCCGUUGCUAGCUAGUGUGGUGAGAACUACUCUGGUGGUUCCGUCAAAAGAACUACUCUGGUGGCUCGGUGAAAUGGCUCGGGGAAGAGGCAGUACUGCAACGCGAGGAGCCAUGGUCGCGGCCGCGUUCGCCGUCGCGUGCUACUGCCUUGGCCUUGCCGGCGUCGCCAGCGCGGCCACGUACUACGUCGGGGACAGCAGCGGCUGGUCCCUGAGCAGCGGCAGCUGGCCCCACGGGAAGCAGUUCCACGCCGGCGACACCCUCGUGUUCAGGUACAUGCCGUGGCUCCACAACGUGGUGGCCGUGGACGAGGAAGGGUACAACGGCUGCAGCACGCCGCCGGGGGCGAGGACCUACCAGUCCGGCAACGACAGCGUCAGGCUCGCCAGGGGGAACAACCACUUCAUCUGCACCCACUUGGGCCACUGCAGCCUCGGGAUGAAGAUGGUGGUCAACGCCGCCUGACCGGCCACUUGUAGUAAUUUCGUUCAAAUCUAUCCCUUGUCGUACGUUUCGUUAGCGUAAGGCGAGGGCUGGUCUUUAUUAGUAGCUAGCUGUGGUUUCUAGUUCUAGUAGGUGAUUAGGGGAUGAUUGUGGAGUGCUUGUUUUCUAUGCAUGUGGAUGUGGGUGUUGGAAGACUCUGGGUCUGUUGUGUUGACUUUGAUUGACGAUUUGACGGGAUGUGUUUGGAAUGAAGACAAGUUCGUGUGAUCGUGUCUGUGCCUCAUGAGGAUUCGUUGUAACCAUUUUUCGUUCACUCGUU